UCCAAAUCGUAGGCAGCCAAAGGAACUCCGUCAAUCAAAUUUAGCGUCGAUAGAUCCUCUUUUUCUCGAGCUAGCACGCACAGGCACAUGCAGCGCAGGUGCAGGCGCACGCGCAGGGCAGUUGAGCGGCGAUGGAAAGCGCAGAGUUGGCCGGAACAGAAGACGAAGCGGAAACAGCUCAAACUCGGGCUGGGGAUGAGGAUGAGGAUGACGAUGUGGAGCGAUCACGCGAUUCAGUGCAGUUCGGGCGUCGACGCCGCAACUACUGGCUCAGCCUGUACGGCUUUGACUCCGCCGAUGCCGUCCGCAUCCUGUACAUCUUCAUGCGCUUCUGCCAUCUGACCGCCAUCCAUCAGCUGCCGCACGGCAUCGAGCUGAGGUUCGGCUCGUCGGAGCACCUCCAGAGGGGCCGUCUGCUCGCCCAACGGCUCGUCGUGAGCCAAUUCCAGCUGCGGUGGCGAAUGGGUCGCAUGCCACGCCCAGAGGAGCAGCAGGCUGCUGAGGAGGCGGAAGGGAGCAUGGAAACGGCCAGUCUGAGCAUACUGGGAAGGUUGCGUCGGGCCUUUGUCAACUACUUUAAUGGUACGAGUAUGUCACGGUAGUCGAUGGUCUGGUGUGGUGGUGCUUAAUAAAGUUCAGUGAUAUUCAGCAAAAUUUAAUUCCAUUAAAA